AUUUUACAUGCAUCUGUAGUGAAGCCAUUUUUAUUUGCAUCGUGUAUAGUACAUUGGAAUUUACUGCGAUUGUUGUAUUUUAAAAUGCCCCGAAAGAAGUCCGAGGAUUUUUACAGAACCCACGGAUUUACCGCCAAUUUGGAGAAUGGCAAAUACUCGGCCACCUGUCACUUCUGCGAAAAAGUACUCCAAAAUACGGCGCUAUCCCGGCUAUCGUUACACAGGCAAACCUGCGAUGCCCGGCGAAGUAGAAGCGCUGUAGUGUACACUUCUGCCGACGAGAAGGAUCAUGACGAGGCUCCUAGGAUAAAGAUCCAGAAGAUUUCGGGCGACGAUGAUGGCGGCCUGGAUAAUGCCAACGAAGGCAAGGAGAUCAUUGUUAAGAUACAACAAAUUCUGGACGAUGCUGACGAGGCUGAGGCGCCCAAGGAGCAACCCAGAGUGAAACGAGAAAUUCGCAAAAGGAAACUGACCAAAACGGAAGAGUCUGGCGAGCAAAAUUUGGAAUUUGAAAUUUCCAACGUUGAAAUUAAAAAUCCCGAAUACUCUGAGUACCUGGACGAAAGCAAAGAACAUUACAUAUUGCAGCAAAACCCGGAUGACUUAGCCAAUGGAUCGGCGACGAUCAUCGAGGCCAGGCCAAGAAAUGGUUUAGCUGCAUUGCGAGCGGAAAAGGCGCGAGCCGAGAUCAGUCAGUUCCAGAGUAAGACCAAGUUUCUUAAAACGGAAACGGACAAUCUAAAAGUAGAGCGCACACUGACUUUGCUUAAGAUUCAGAAGCUUCGAUUGGAAAUCGACGCCCUACGCGAUUAAAAUGUAUUUUAACUAUAGAUAACUUUUAAAUGUCCGCAUGGUGAACCCUUAAUUUUUGUUAAGAUGACGAAAAUGUCUGUCUUGAAUUCAACAUAGAUUUAUUACAUUUAACUUUGUAAAGGUGAUUACAAAAUACAUUAUUUUAAGCCU